GUACGACCAAGAGUAUUCGCCAUUGGUAAAUAAAAUUUUAUUUUUUUGGAAAAGUAAUAUUUGUUUGAAAAAGUAUAUUGCACUAGUGAGAACAGUAGAACGCGAUGAGGUCAGCGCUAAUAUUUUUGUUAAUUUGUGGCUGCAUAUCAGCAGCACUUAGUAUCGAAUGCUAUGAUUGCGAGUCGCUGAGCGAUCCACGCUGUAAUCAAUAUUUCGAUCCCGAAGGAGUCAAGCAAACCGACUGUGAUGACGCGGAUAUGCCAGCGUAUUUGCAUAAGUACGAACGUCGCAUAAAAGCUACCGGCUGUUUAACGAAGGUGCACGAGGGAGUCGCUGAUCGCCGCGACGUAGCUGUUAUUUCGGUGAUCCGGAGGAUGUUGAUGAAGCCUGUGAAGCCCCAGAUCCGUACGUGCCAUGGGCUAAUUUGAUUUCGUGUUCAGUUUGCACGGAAGACUUGUGCAACGUAAAUGCCCUCAAUGAGGCCCAGCACUCCCUAAGUGUUUGGCAUACACUAACCUUGGUCGGAUUAACUUUAACGGCACUGGCUUUGAACCGCAUUCAAGGGAUGUUCUAACAAUAGUUUAGGUGUUGUGUGUCUUGUACUGUAUUCUCACUAUAAAGACACACGAAAUGAAAUUUACUUUAUAAUUCGUAGAUAUUUUUCUGUAUUCUUUUAAAGACCCUAUUGGUUUCUAUACAGAGUAGUUAUACAAGUUUAUAAAAAUAAAACUUCUUAAGGUGAGCGAUACACACAUGAAAGCCGAUAGUCUUUGCCAC